AGCAUAUUAAUAAUUGUUGAUGAUCUUUUAAAAGAUUUCAUCAUUUGUAAUUACUAGGGAUAUUUUGUGUGUUUAUAUUACGUUUCUUGACGUGCAAAGGGAAUGCCGUGUUAUUUGCGGUUAUAAUAAAUUGAAUGAGGUUAGGAACUGUCAUUGGCUGCUGUGUCAAGAAUACAUACGCUUUACGCCAUUACACUUUUCCAUGUCACUCAGUCCGACAGCUGACCGUAUCAAAUCAUCAAAUGUGCGGAACCACAUGACUCGAGCGACUUCUCGAUUCUCCACUGGGAACUUCCGCGCUCGGUCAGCGAAAUUGAAAAUUGACCGCCGCACGUGAUAACGCCGCUAAGAGAGUGGCCAUUAGGAUUUUUUGCUGCUUCAACUUUCAAAGUUUCUUCCUCUACGUGCGACAAACAGAAUGAUGCUGCGGAAAAAGGAAAGUCAAGGUGACAUGUCAAUGGAUGGAAAAUCUAAAUCUGUAGUUGAAUGCGAUUCUGUCAAUGGGAUACAAGGUGAUAAAUAUUUAUUGUCGCCUAUUGAGGAGGAAACCGAAUCUGUCAUCUCCUCGAGAGCCACGUCUGUCGACUACAGUGACAGCGAGGUCGACGAUGAAGAUUACUCUCGUACCUCUCGUACAGAUGCGUCACGUGAGGAGGAAAGUAUGAGAAUCGAGAGACAAGGUAUACAAGAUUGCGGAGACAGGAAAGUCGAAGUCCUAAAGAAACCUCCGGGAACAACUAGCGACACCGGAGAGAAUCGAAAGCAAAGUUUACGGGCGCAGGAAGAUGAUGAAUCUUUGAGGACAGUUAUGGAAUGCCUGAAACAAAGAGUCACAGAUUCCGAAAAUGAAAUUAUCAAUCUGAGAAGAGAAUUGAAUUUGGAAAAGGCCAAGAGUCGCGAGUUUGCUUUGCAAUGUCAGAAAGAAAAUAAUUCUAAUCCUUUAAGGAUCGACUUGGAGUCCUGGAAGGAUGAAUUCAUUAAUAGAUCCAAGUGCGAGAUAUCAAGAUGGCAACAGAACGAAAGAAAAAGACUAGACCGUGAAAUAUCGAGAAUUACAGAAUUAUUAUCUCAGAAGAUAACUAGAACAUUCAAGAGAAGCUUGAAAGAUUGGCACGCGGAAGAGAGUAAGAAAACAAGCGAACUCAUUCAGAAGGAGAGAAACAGACAGGAAAUUGAUGCUGAGAGGACGAAGAAAUCUUAUGAGAGGUUACAAAGACACUUGGAGAAUCUUGAGAGGCGAAAUAAAAAGUCCUACGUCACCUUUCGAAAACAAAUUGACAAUUGCGAGAGUCGUUUAAAAGAUGAAAUUGUCGACUUGCAUGAAAAAAAUUUUGAAAAAUUUAAAAACGAGGUAAAACAUUGGAAUCCUGAGCGUAGAAAUACUUGCUAUCAAUUGAGUCUUCCAAAAACAGAUAAAUCUGAAUCAAACAUUAAUUUUGAAAAAUCGUCAAAGGAUGAUCGAUCAAUUGCAAAAGAAAACCUAUUUUCAAAACUUCUAGAGUGCGUGGAUCGUAAUGAUCUACGAAGAAUAGAAGAAAAUCUCAAAAUGGAGAUCGAGAUCAAUCGCAAGGAUCAAUCAAAAAGAAUGAACGAGAAGAUUUGUGAAUUAUGGAUCGCAUUUGAAGAAUUCACGCAUAACUUUACACUAAACCGUCACUACAGUAACGAAACUCAAAAUGUCGCGAACGAUCCAAUGUUCUUGGAUUCAGAUUCGAUAUAUUCCGAAACCUUUUGCGAUAUCGGUACUAAAAGCUCUAAUAAAUCCAACGCAAUAGAUACAUCAACAGAUACCAACAUUAAGGAAGAUCCCACAAAUCUAACAACAUCAAAAUCCAAUCCUGGCUUCUUCGGGAAAAAUUCAUUAGUCAAUUUGCCAAUAGUCCCCCAAGUGCGGGACGAUAAAUUGAAAAAGAAAUAACCAAUCAUUACGCAUCGAUACUUCUUUCCCUCUUCUAUAUUAAUAAAAAAAAAAAUGUUUCUCAACCGGAAAUCCACUUUCGUUAUCACGAUUCUGUAAGAAUGAGACAAGCCGUUACACAAGAGGAUGGCAAUAAAAGUAGAGUGUAUCGUUUCCUGGUGAAGAUGCUCUUCGAUGAACUUUUAUGACUGGCAGCACUCUCGCCGUUCUUGUUUCUCUUAGGCAUGAAAACAGUUGGCAACCUUCAAGUUCACGGGCAGUUUAGAAAAUGGAGCAACCAAGCCAAGUGUAAGCACAAGCGGUUCUUGGGUUGGUGGAGCAUAAUGCCAUUAUGCAAUCCUGUAUAAAAUCCGCACCGCAAGCUGCACUAUCCUUGCCCUCACAAUCCUAAAACACAGGUGACGAUGAUCUCCCACUUGAAAGAUUCGUCUCAGGGAACGGUAAUGGACCACUUACAACUUUUUAUCGUCUGAACGAAGAACCCAGCAAAAGGACACAUCCUAAAAGUGUCAAAUUAUCCAUAAGAAUCAUUCAAAAGCGUGACAGAGUAAAAAUUUCUAGAUGAUCUCUGAGCAAAAGAGGGGCAGGCGUAUCGAAUCGAAUUCUUCGUGGGAAGCUUCCAGUCGGACAGUAUUCCUUAUGGCUGCUAUGAAAUUCAUUCCAUCAACCGCCAAACAACGUGUACAUUGCUCCAAUGGAAGUGCAAUUAGCGGCAGUGCGUUAUUCGGCCCUUUGAGACUUUUAAAAAUCCCGCCACGCUGGCUUAACGUCAAUGAGUUACAUUAGCGGCGGGUACGGUCAGCUGUGACUAAUAUUAUCGUAGAACA